GAAGCCCUUUCCGUGCCAGUUCUGCUCCCACCGCACCGCUCGCAAGUACAACCUGAAGAUUCACCUUCGCGACGUGCACGGCGUUCCAUUUGACCGCAGAUAUGUUAGAUAUUGAGGUGGUGGUGGAGGAAGACUCAUGGAAGGGAAGGCGGCGUCCCCGGUGUGGACUCACCGCGGCCUCUACCACGGGGCGGGCCCCGCGAUGCUGCCUCAGGCCCUGCCGCGAGACCCGACGUUCUCGCCGGCCGGGGAGGAGGAUGUGGAGUCCAUGAAGCUCGUCCCGCGCUGCUGUAUCUGCUACAAGACCUUCAUACAAAAAAGUGACCUCAAGAGACACAUGCGUAUACACACAGGCGAGAAACCGUACGGGUGCCACCUGUGUCCUUACCGCGGCAACCAGUCUACGCACCUCAAGAAACACCUGUACCUCGUGCACAAGGUGGACGCCGCCGCCCCCUCGCCCACCCACCCGCUACGGAAACUCUUCUGAGGGGCUGACGCGCGAGGCGGCAACGGUUCAUGCUUUGGGGGAGGUGGGCGCCCUUGUGGGUGUGUGGGUGGGACGAGGGUGUGUGUUUGUUGAGGCGGGA